UUUCAAAUUAUAAAAUAAUAACAGUAACACAAACACCAUUCCCAAUUUCUAAAGCAUUCCAAUUAAGCAUAUCAAGAACUCAUUGAAAUCUAAAGCUGUAUGGCAUCUCAAACACUUUUUGAUCUUCCGAUUAUCCAUUUUUCAAAGGAAACUUUGAAGCCCAACACAAGUUCUUGGGUUGCAGCAUGCAAAGAUGUUCGCCAUGCACUUGAAGAGUAUGGAUUUUUCGUGGCAAAGUAUGAUAAAUUUUCCUCAGAACUUGACAUAAAUGUUUUUGAUGGUGUACAAGAAUUAUUCGAUCUUCCCUUUGAGACCAAAACUCGAAACACUUCGGAUUUGACAUUCUAUGGUUAUGUUGGACAACUGCCUCAUGCUCCCCUCCACGAAAGCAUGGGAAUUCCUGAUGCUACGACCAUCGAAGGAGUUCGACGUUUUGCGGAUCUCAUGUGGCCUUCUGGAAAUCAGCAAUUCUGCGAAACGAUACUAUCUUAUGCAAGACUGAUAUCAGAACUGGAGCAAACGGUGGACAAAAUGGUGUUUGAAAGCUAUGGUGCACAAAAACACUAUGAAUCCCAUGUUGAAUCAACAACAUAUCUUCUAAGACCCAUAAAAUAUUCAGCACCAGACAAGAACAUAAGCAACAAUAUUGGUACAAACAUUCACACAGACAAGAGUUUCCUGAGCAUACUUCAUCAAAAUGAAGUUAAUGGAUUGGAAGUGCAGCUCAAAAAUGAAGAUUGGAGUACUGUGGAUGUACCACCUGCAUCUUUUGUUGUCAUGUCAGGGGAUGCUUAUCAAGCAUGGAGCAAUGGGAGAAUACAUGCAGCCAAGCAUCGAGUUGUUAUGAAAGGGGACAGGGAAAGAUAUUGUCUUGCAUUAUUUUCAUUCAAUCACGGAACUACUAAUAUUCCUGAAGAGCUUGUGGAUUCGGAUCAUCCAUUGCAAUUCAGUCCAUUUGAUAAUUUUGGGUUGGCCCGGUUCUACCUCAGUGGUGCAACGCAGAUGACUGAGAGCAGUGCAAAAGCCUAUUGUGGUGUCACUUCUUAAAUUUUCACAAAGAUGUAGAAUAGCAUUAAAUACGGUCCUUAUGCAGUACUAAAUACGGUUCUUGUGUGCGCACGUGUGAAUGUAGUUUUGCGUCUUGUUUUGGUUUUCGAUGUAAAACUGAAAUUGUACUGAAGAUUGUUACCUUGUUUUUAAGUCAAUUUGUGAAUGGAUUUAAGACGUUUUGAA